GUUUCAUAAUAUAAAAUUGGUUUAUGUCUAUUAGUCCUUGAUUCAAAUAUAGGCUUCUAUUGUUGCAUCAAAGCCAAUUUCACAUCCAAACCCGUGACCAUAUAAUUAUACAACUCUUCUAAGUUUGAAACAAAUAAUACAGUGAGGUCUAGUGAACAAAACAAAACUCAGGAACUUUCAAAGCAUAUCAAUUCAUAUCUAUUUAUUAGAUGAGUUCUCAUAUGGAGAUUUCAUCUAUCAGAGGGUUACCUGAAAUGGGGAUAAUGGAGGAUCCUAACUUUCUCCAUCACUUUAAUAAUCACCUAAGCUCUAUUGAUACCAAUAACUUAACUGCUUCUGCUUUUGGAGAUGCUUUACAAAAGCAUAUUUUGUCCAAUAAUCCAAACUUUAACAACAAAACAUGCAUGGAGACUUCGCCUACCGGAAAUGAAAGACCGGCGAAACAGUUAAGAAAUAACAGCUGGAAUUACAACAAUAGUCCUCCAACAUCAGAUACACAAUAUGAUAAUUGUUGCUCUAAUAAUCUUCUUUCAUUUGCUGAUUUGAAUUACACAAAUCAGUUGGGACUAUUGAAGCCUAAGUCUGAGAUGGUGUGUCCGAAAAUCGAUAACACUAGUACUCUUGCAAACAUGUUGAUCACUCAAGGUAACUUGUUUGGGAAUCAAAACCAUGUCUUUAAAGCUGUUCAAGAGGCUAAAGAUAUUGAGAAUCGUCCUAAUAAACUUUCUCAAGCUCAUGAUCACAUAGUAGCCGAAAGGAAGCGUCGCGAGAAACUCAGCCAACGAUUCAUCGCUUUGUCUGCUCUUGUUCCAAACCUAAAGAAGAUGGACAAAGCUUCUGUUCUUGGAGAAGCUAUAAGGUACUUAAAGCAAAUGGAAGAGAAAGUGAGUGUUCUUGAGGAGGAACAGAAAAGGAAGAAAACUGUGGAAUCUGUUGUAAUAGUGAAGAAAUCUCAACUUUCUAUGAAUGAGGCUGAAGAUCGUGCAGACACUAAUAAUAGUACAUAUGAUGAGACAUUACCUGAAAUUGAAGCAAGAUUUUGUGAAAGAAGUGUCCUCAUAAGACUACAUUGUUUGAAGAGUCAAGGAGUUAUUGAGAAAAUUAUGAGUGAAAUUGAGAAACUUCAUCUAAAAGUCAUCAAUAGCAGUUCCUUGACUUUUGGGAAUUUCACCCUUGAUAUAACCAUCAUUGCUCAGAUGGAUGUGGGAUUUUGCAUGACGGUGAAGGAUCUUGUGAGGAAGAUACGUUCAGCAUAUUCAUCUUUCAUGUGAACAAAGUUUCAUGUUUUGUUCACUAUAAAUAAAACCAUAAAGCAGUUAAAUUUUAUGCUCUUUAUAAGUAAUAAUCAUGUUUGCAUGGUGGGUAUAGUAUGUCAUUGAAUCAUUUUCGAAAAAUGUUUGCUCUGAAGGUUCAUUUUGCAGAAGGGUUUUUUAGUCAUAUUUUUGCAUGGUCAACUUGUUGACUGUGUUAUUUUUUAUUCUGCUGUAUUCAUGUACCCUUUUGUUUCAAGAAUGUAGAGCUUCUUUUGCCUUUCUUUUUUUGGGUAGAAUUGAAAGGUUUAAUUCGAUCCAUUUAUCUCUAUUUCUUGCAUGAAUAUUUUGACAAAACAUGUCUUUGUUGUGUUUGUGUAACCUUUUACUGAUUCUAAGUGCACUUUGAUUAGUUUCUAUUUA